AUGUCUCGCCAGUCCACCGUGAGGAUUCAGAGGGGAAGAAGUGGCUUCAGCGCUGCUUCAGCCAUCGUCCCAAACACCUGCCGCACCAGCUUCAGUUCACGCUCCGUCACCCGGGUUGGAAGCUGCAAUGCUGGCAGUGGGUUUUCUAGGGUCGGUGGUGGCUUUGGAAGCAAAAGCCUCUACAAUGUUGGAGGAUGCAAGAGGAUCUCCGUGGCUGGAAGGGGUGGUGGCUUCUACGGACCUGCAGGUUUUGGUGGUGGCGCUGGUAGCGUGUAUGGUUGUGGUGGUGGCUUUGGCAUGCCAGCUAACCUUGGCUAUGGAUAUGGUGCCUUUGGUGGUGGCAUGGGUGGCCCUGGAUUCCCUGCUGGGGGCAUCCACGAAGUCUCCGUCAACCAGAGCCUUCUGAAACCUCUCAACCUGGAGAUUGACCCCAGCAUCCAGAGGAUCCGAAAGGAGGAGAAGGAACAAAUCAAAACCCUCAACAACAAAUUUGCCUCCUUCAUUGACAAGGUCCGAUUCCUUGAGCAACAAAACAAAGUGCUGGAAACCAAGUGGAGCCUGCUUCAGGAGCAGGGGAUGAAAACAGUUAAAAACAACUUGGAGCCGCUGUUUGAGACUUACAUCAACAACCUCAGGAUGCAGCUGAACAGUUUGCUGAGUGACAAGGGAAGGCUGGAGGGAGAGCUCGUCAACACUCAGUACCUGGUUGAGGACUUCAAGAAGAAGUAUGAAGAUGAAAUCAACAGGCGUACAGUUGCAGAGAAUGAAUUUGUGACACUUAAGAAGGAUGUAGAUGCUUCCUAUAUGAACAAGGUUGAACUACAAGCCAAGGUAGAUGCGCUGACUGAAGAAAUUAAUUUCCUGAGAGCCCUCUACGAAGCAGAGCUGUCUCAGAUGCAGACCCAGAUCUCCGACACCUCCGUUGUUCUCACCAUGGACAACAACCGAAACCUGGACCUAGACAGCAUCAUCUCGGAGGUCAAAGCUCAGUACGAGGACAUCGCCAACAGGAGCCGGGCUGAAGCCGAGUCCUGGUACCAAACCAAGUACGAGGAGCUACAGGCUACCGCAGGCAGGCACGGGGACGACCUCCGCAACACCAAGCAGGAGAUCUCCGAGCUCAACCGCCACGUCCAGAGGCUGCGGUCUGAAAUCGACAGCGUGAAGAAACAGUGUGCAAACCUGAAAGCAGCCAUCGCAGAUGCUGAGGAGCGCGGGGAGCUGGCCCUCAAGGAUGCCAAAGCCAAACUGGCCGAGCUGGAGGAUGCCCUGCAACAGGCCAAGGCAGACCUGGCCCGGCAGCUGCGCGAGUACCAGGAGCUGAUGAAUGUCAAGCUGGCCCUGGACAUCGAGAUUGCGACCUACAGGAAGCUGCUGGAGGGCGAGGAGUGCAGGCUGGCCGGAGAUGGCGUCCCAGUGAAUAUCUCUGUGACCAGAACAACUGUGGGAACAGGAUAUGGAGGAGGAAGCAACCUCAGCAUGGGAGGAGGAAUCUGUAACAUGGGGAACAGCUUCAGCUGCGGGAGCGGUCCUGGGGUGAGCAGCACCACCUUCGGAGGUGGCAGCAGCUCCAGCGUGAAGUUUGUCUCGACCUCCUCCACCAGAAGAAGUUACAGAAGCUAA